AUUCUGAAAAGCUUGCACCGGAAGUCAAUUCGAGACUUCCGCUUAGAAAUACAAAUAUUCAGCGCCGCUGCUUCCAUUCACCUCAGCGUGCCUGAUCUGAGUGACAGAGCAAUGCUGACCCCGCCGAAGGAAGGGAUGCCCUGCAUGAUAGACAAGGCGCUGAGGAUGAGGAGGGAGGAGCAGGCUCGGCAGAUCGUCCUCGCCUGGGCAGUUCUCAACGUGUCUCUAGCUGGCAUGAUCUACACUGAAAUGUCAGGCAAGCUGCUGAGCAGGUACUACAACAUCACCUACUGGCCCAUCUGGUACAUCGAACUGGUACUAGCCUCUCUCUUCAGUCUCAAUGCUCUUUUUGACUUCUGGAAGUAUUUCAAGUACACAAUGUCUCCGUCCACCAUCGCCGUUACCCCCCAGCAGCAUCACCUUCUGGGCCUGAGGAACACAAAUAUCCAGGCAUCUCCUCCACAGAAGCCAGAGAAGAAAGAGACUCCAGCUCCAGACCAGUCCUCUCCACUUCAGGGCCAGAGCGUGUUGAGCUUCAGUCCCUCUCGACCAGCCUCAAGCAGCCCCAAGUUCUCCCCCAGCUGCACAGCCGGCUACAGUCCUUCUCUGGGCAGUCCAUCCCCACCAAGCAGUGCAGGGUCACCUUUUACCCCCUCAGUGGCCUUUGGAAAGGUGCUGAACUACAGUCAGUCGUCAGGCUCCUCUCCCUACCAGAACAGUAUCGGGCCGGCAGAAGGCUCUGGCUUGAGAGCUCGAUAUCGCACGUCUCCUUCGGUGUUCAACUCUCCCGGAAGCAAAGAGGACUACAUGGAGGAUCUGAAAAGUCUGGAAAGGUUCCUGCGUUCUGAGGAGGAGAAGAGUCACCGCAGUCAGCUAGGCAGUCCAGAGUCCGUGUCUCCGAGCCACAGCCCUACUUUCUGGAACUACAACCGUUCUGUGGGAGAUUACGCCCAGAGCUUGAGGAAGUUCCUCUACCAGCCAGCAUGCCGCUCUCAGGCGCCGUCUGCCCACAAGGACGAGACGGACCUGGGCUCUAAGCAUGCUGCAGAAGAGGUGUGGGCCAGAAUCACCACCAGCCGGGCCGUCGUGGACCGCAUCGACAGCUGGACAGCCAAGCUUAGAAAUUGGAUCAGUGACACCAUCAUGGUCCCUCUGGUCAAAGAAAUCGACUCCGUGAACAGCCAGCUUAGGAGGAUGGGCUGUCCGGAGCUCCAGAUAGGAGAGGCUAGCAUCAGCAGUCUAAAACAGGCAGCGGUGAUGAAAGCCUCACUAAUCCCCACGCUGACCUCCAUUGUCCAGUACCUGGACACCACGCCCAACCAGGAAUAUCUAGUGGAGCGCAUAAGAGAGCUGUCUCACAGCGGCUGCAUGAGCUCCUUCCGCUGGAACGGCGGCGGCGAUCUGAAGAACAGGAAGUGGGACACGGACCUCCCCACCGACUGUGCUAUCCUCAUGCACGUGUUUUGCACAUAUUUGGACUCCAGGCUGCCCCCUCAUCCGAAGUACCCAGAUGGGAAGACUUUUACUUCCCAGCACUUCAGCCACAUUCCCGACAAGCCUGACGUUACCAAAGAGAACCUCUUCUGCAUCCACCAAAGCAGCACCACGCCCCCUCACUACCAGCUUAUAUACCAAGGACACAUCUACAGUCUUCCUAAGGGAAGGAACAACCUGUUCCACACAAUCCUCAUGUUCCUCUAUGUCAUUAAGACCAAGGAGUCGGGGAUGCUGGGGAGGGUAAAUCUAGGCCUUUCUGGUGUGAACAUCCUCUGGAUAUUUGAAAACUGAUGCAUCAUGUUUUAAGAGCAACGAGCGGCUGCAUAUGAUGUUUGUUUUAUUUUUUAUUUUGCUUCUGUGACGCAAGGAUGGGCUUAACAGCUCCGCUUUCAGGGUCACACCACAAACAGAUGUUUCCUUUGAAAAGAGAAAGGCGCGCACAUUAAUGGACAUUUCUCCAGCUGGAAAAACACUGACAAUUUCAGAGCACGUUUCUGUUACAUCAUUGAGUCCUUAAGAUACAGCGAAGAUUUUUUAAAGAGUUUUUCUUCCUGAUUGCUAUUUGAGAAUGUAUCAGCAUGGCAGCCUUGUAAAUUAUAUACCUCAAAUUUAUCUGAAUGAUAGCAAAAAAGGGCUCAGACCCAUUUAUCUGAAUGUAAAUAUUUUUUUCUUUCUUUCUUGUAAGCAUCUGCAAAUUGUCACUGGUUUGCUCAUCGUUUUGUAGAAAUAAAUGUCUGUGGACUCUUUGACACCUACUGGAAUCGACCUAAAACCAUGGAUUUGGAGAAAAUGCAGCGUGGCAUCAUCAAAAAUGUGAAAUGCGCUGUAGCUCCUUUGUUUACAUGUGUAUUAAAGGGAUAAAUCUGCAGGUAAUAGAAAAUAAAGUGCUUUGGAGAACUGAUAA